UGAGGAUACAAAAGAAUUGAUCAACUGAUCCUUAAUUUUAUCUCAUUUUUUUUAAAAUUUUGAUGAGUUUGAAUUUAAAAGUCAGCUUCUUGUUACUUACAAAUGAUGCUUCCUACGAAAUAAUCACUUCAUUAUUAUAAUCUAUAAUAGAUAGGCAAAACGUGUUCUUGAAGGCAUCUUAUAGUGUCCAGCUCCUAUUUCCUACAAAUAUAUCUAUCAUAUCAUAUCUAUUUUUCCCUUAGCAAGUUUGACAUUACUAAGCAAAAUCAACCACAUUGAUAAUUGGCAUUCUGAUUUCAACCCUUUGUCCCUCUGCAGCAUCUUGAAUUACUUUGUUUAAAUGGCAAACCAAAGCUCUAUCUCGUCUCUUACUGCUUUAUCGGGGACAUUUAUACGCGAAGGAAUUUAUUUGUUUCAAGUUGGAAAAAUCAUUGAAAAUGUGAUCAAAGAGAAAGUGAAGUUGAUUUCAAAUCAUGAGUUAGUGCUGAAAAAAGUUGAAGAAAAAACUAAAACAGAAAAAGUCAAUGAUGUUGUUAUGGAAUGGCUAAAUGAUGUGGAUAAAGUGAUGGAAGAGGAAGAGAAGAUGGAAAUAGAAAUGGAAAUUUUGGAAAUCUUGUGUACUUCUAUUGAUAGUGAGAGGAGAUAUAGGUUUUACAAUGAAAUGCUAAAGAAAAUAAAGACACUAAAUACCAAUUGUGAGUUUGAGUCAUUUUCUAGCCCGAUUCCUGGUUUAGAGUACUUCUCUUUCGGAAAUUUUGUAUGUUUUGAGUCGACUAAAGUAGCUUCGGAUCAACUUUUAGAGGCACUGCAAGAUAGUAAUUGCUAUAUAAUUGGAUUAUAUGGGAAGAAGGGCUCUGGUAAAACAAAAUUGGUGAAAGCAGUCGGUGAAAAAGCCAAGUAUUUAAAGAUUUUUGAUGCGGUUCUAUUAGCCAAUGCGUCUCAAAAUCCAAAUGUCAGAGCUAUUCAAGAUAAAGUUGCUGAAUCGUUGAAUUUGAAAUUUGACAGAAAUACUGAAGCUGCAAGAGCAAGAACAAUAUCUUCAGCAUUACAAAGUAAGGAUCGAAUUCUCGUGAUCCUGAAUGAUGUUCGGGCGAAACUUGAGCUAGAAGAUAUAGGUAUUCCUUGUAACGGUAAUCGAUGCAAGGUGCUUCUGACCACACGUCGCCAAAGAGAAUGUGCCUUGAUGGAUUGUCAAAGAGAGAUUCCACUAGGUCCGUUAUCCAAAGGCGAAGCUUGGACUUUGCUCAAAAAACAUUCAGGCAUAGACGAUGAGUCAUCAUCGGACAUAUUAAAUAUAGCACAUCAAGUAGCUUAUGAAUGUGAAGGUUUACCAGGUACAAUUAAAGAAGUAGGGGCUUCCUUAAAAAGUAAACCUAUUGAGGAGUGGAAAGAAUCAUUAGACAGUUUGAGACAUUCAAUGGCUCGCUACCAUAUUUUUCUAAGCUUUAGAGGAGAAGAUACUCGUUACUCUUUUACAGGUUCUCUCUAUCGUGCUUUGUGUCAAGUCGGAUUCAAAAUCUUCAUGGAUGAAAGAGGAUUGGAGGGAGGUGACCAAAUUUCACUAUCACUACUCAAUGCAAUUGAAGCAUCAAGGCUUUCCAUUAUUGUUUUAUCCGAAAACUUUGCAUAUUCGCCAUGGUGUCUCGAUGAACUUGUUAAGAUUAUUGAGUGCAUGAAAAUGAAGAAUCAAUUAGUUUGGCCAAUAUUUUACAAAGUGGAUCCAUCAGAUGUAAGGAAUCAGAAAAAUAGUUAUGGCAAAGCAAUGAUUGAACAUGAAAAUAAGUUUGGAAAUGAUUAUGAGAAGAUAAAAAAAUGGAAGUCAGCUUUGUUUCAAGUUGCCAACUUGUCUGGAUUGUGCUACACUUCAGGUUCAGGGUAUGAAUAUGAUUUUAUCCAAAUGAUAUUGGAGAAGGCCAACAAUAUUAAAACUCGUUUGUACAUACAAAGUAUGGAUAUGGAUUAGAAGCUUUACUUACAAGUUACAACUGUGCCACAGAAGAUAGAUUUGAUCACAACUUGCAAGUUGUCCUUGAUUCAUAAAUGGAUUGAUGUUGUAAUGUGCAUAUAAAUGCAUAUUCAAUAUGAAGUUGUUUUGGACAUGUGCAAGUAUAUCAGGAUUGGAUUCAAAAUUUUGUGAUGUAAAGAAGUUUCUGUGUAUUUCUUCGUUCAUAAAUAUAUAGAAAAAAUUGUAACCAAAAAAACAUGUUUUAAUAGAAUUAUUACACUAAAUUGUAAAGAAAUAAAAAUUGACAUAAAGUCUUAGAAAUUGGGUUCAACUUAACA